CAAAUAUAAAAGCCUUUGAAGUUUUUUCAUAAAAUGUUUGGUAUGUUCAAUUGCAAGACAAAAUUUUCCCAUGCCUUGUCUAUUAUUGAGCUUUCCGUACAUAUGGAUUGUGAAGGGUGCGAAAAACGGAUCCGAAGAGCAAUCUCGAAAAUCGAUGGGGUAGACGGGUUGGAAAUCGACAUGGCUAUGCAGAAGGUAACGGUGACUGGUCAUGUGGACGAGAAGAAGGUGCUGAAAGUGGUGAGGAGAACCGGAAGGAAAGCAGAGUUUUGGCCAUUUCCAUACGACAGUGAAUACUAUCCUUAUGCUUCACAGUAUUUGGAUGAAUCCACAUAUAAUUCUUCUUAUAACUAUUACAGACAUGGGUUUAACGAAAGCGUGCAUGGGUACUUCCCUGAACAAGCUUACACCACUGUCCCUGACCAAACUGUUCAUCUCUUUAGUGAUGAUAAUGUUCAUGCUUUCUGCAAUAUCAUGUGAUAUUCACUUCCGUUUUA